AUGGCUUCUUCUACACGGCCGGGGUCCGACGUUCCGGAUAUGAAUCUGUACAAACUGGACCGGGUUCAUCGAACUUUGGAACAGCUGAAAGACAAGCCGAUGUGGGAUGCCGAGGACACAGGGGGGUUUGAUUGCAUGCACUAUCUAGGCAACGCAGCAAUCGAUAAUGCCGCCAGACAGCUCGGCCUCAAACCCGGAGACCGGGUCUUGGACAUAGGGUCUGGGUUUGGCGGGACGGGCAGAUACCUUUACCGGCACUACGGGGUCGAAACAACAGGUAUCGAGUUACAGGGGGACAUCCACGACAUUGCGACUACGAUUAACAACAAGUCUGGGGCCGCCGGAAGGGUUUCGUCUAUUCACGGCAACUUCCUCGAAUUGAGUUCCAACCGGAUGGGCGUGCCGGUAGACCACAUCGUGUCAUUCCUCUGUAUUCUGCAUAUCCCCGAGCGCGAGGCGCUCUUCAAGAAAGCGUUGGAAAUGUUGAAGGUGGGCGGCGGAUUUUACAUUGAAGACUUCUUUGCACGGACGGCCUUGGACGACAAGACACUGAGCCUGCUCAGAGAGUCCGUUUCAUGCCCCGACUUGCCAGAUAGACAGAAAUAUGAAGCAGAACUAACCAAGGCGGGGUUCGAGGUUGCCGAGUGGGUGGAUAUAUCGGAUACCUGGGCCGAUUUUGUGCAUCAUCGAGCCGGACACCCAUCCGUGGAUACCGACUUGAUCACAUUUUACAAUGCUGUGGAUGAAGUAUUUGCGUCCGGAAAGGUGGGAGGCGUUAGGAUCACCUGUCGUAAAAUAUAA